AUGAUUGCAUUUGCAGCACCAAUUGAAGGAUGGAAGGAUGGUGGUAGACCAUUCAUUGGUUUUGAUGUCUGCCACUUGACUGGAAAACAUGGUGGAUGUCUAAUGGCAGCUACAGGUUUAGAUGGACAGAAUGGGAUUGUUACUCUAGCCAUAAAGGUGGUAAGGAAUGAAUGUGGUGAAAACUGGCACUUAUUUAUGAAAGAGCUGUUGCCACUUAUUGAAGACCAUCCAACUGGGAAGAUAACCUUUAUCUCAGACAGACAAAAAGGUCUUCAAGAGUCAUUGGAUGAGAACUCUAACUAUUGUGAUAUGUUUUCAACCAGUCAUAUGUUCAAGAGCUUUAAGUCUCACUUCAAAGGAUCAAAGCUGCACUACCUUGUAUACAAUGCUGCAAAAUGCUACAAGGAGAGACACUGGAAGGCCAAUAUAGAUGAUCUGAUCAAGUUGUCACCAGCUGCUGCAGCUUAUAUGAUGAAGGAAAAACCAGAACAAUGGUCUAGGGAUUUCUUUGACCCAUCUGCAUGUUGUGAGCAUCUUAACAACAAUUUCUCAGAGUCCUUUAACAAAUUGGCUAAAACUAUGAGAGACAAGCCUAUUUGUACCCUUGGAAUGAUGUAUGGCCAACUAGUUAUGGGUACUAUGUACAAAAGAAGAAAUGUGAGUGCAAAUUGGGAAGAUGGUAAGUUGGUGCCAACUGAUCAAGACUUGAUUGAUGAGAUGCAGAAAUGUUGUGGAGCAUUAAAAGUUAAUGGAUCUAUUAUUGAUAAGUUAUAUGAAGUGACAUCAAAGACCAAUGUUGUAUUUCAUGUUGAUGUGGUUGAGGCUUUUUAUUGCAACAAGUACUAUCAUGUGGAAUCUUACAAGGCAAUUUAUGCACCUGAGAUGGGGUUACUGAUUGGAAGAGAAGAGUGA